AUCCUUUCAAGCCAAAAUGGCGGAACCUGACUGAUUAGGUGUGUACCCGGUCAAAUUUCUGGGAGUUGAUUAGGUAUAAUGAGGAGGUAUCUUAAGGAUAUGAUUCAGUGCUUUUUAUGCAAAUUAUGAAUAGUUUGUCCUGGAAGUUGCUCAAGUCUUUGCCAUGCAAGUAUGCCUGUAGCCUGCUGCUGCUGCUGCCACCUCGCUAAGCUUCAGCCUGGCCACUUGAUUCACUGAUAGUGUGCACCCUCCCGAACCCACAGCUUACAGUCAAGGACCCUUCACUGGUCAAAGUGCAAUAAUGGCGGACCUGCGUAGCCAAGUGAUUGCUGCUAGUAGAGUGCGGAGUGGCAGUCGUGAUGGGCUCGAGCAGUUCGAAACUAAACCUUCAACGAGACAUGUCAGGAGUUUUCAGGCGGCAAAGGCUAGGUUUGAUAAACCAGAAAAUGCAGAAACACAAAAUACAGAUCCUGGAUAUGGUAACCAUGUUAGUCGAAUAAAAACAAUGUUUCAAGCAAAUAAAGCAUUUCAGGAUGGAAAGAAAGAAGUGCGCCCACGCAGCAAGUCAGAAGAUGCACGUCGUACACCACUGGAACCCCGCCAGACUGCAGUGCCCAGGAUGGGGGUGUCAGCACAGGGGGUUAAUAAUAAUAAUGAAGUUCAGAAUACAGAACGCUCACCAGAUGCCAAACGCAAAAGAAUUCCAGACAGGAACUUCUUAAAGUCUACAGAGACCAAAAAUGAUCCAUUGAAAACUUAUGAAACAACGAGCCAUCUUCAACGCUUUAAUUUUACUCGUGCCAUGUUUGCUAAGAUGGAGGAAGAGAAUCGUAAGAAGCAGGAACAGGAAGUGUCCUGGAUGCGGCAGCAUAGAAUCAAUGUCCACUCUCCACUACGUUCCCCAGAACCCUCCCCAAACAGGGCCGUCAGUCCUGCCUCGCGGCUGCGGUCACCCUCACAGGAGUCUAUAGGAAAAGUGCGUUCAACAUCAGAUCCAUCAGAAAUGGAAAAGAUAGCUGAUCAUCAUGUGUCCACACAUCCUCCAAAACGUGAACGCCUUGGCUCAGCAGACACCUUGGAAGAUGCUAAAGACAAACACGCUACAUACAAUGGCAAUAGCACAACACAUCAACUAAACGAUGUAUCAGAUAGGCUGGCAAGAUACAAGGCAAGUAAUAUUACCAAAUCAGAGGGGGAUUUAACGUGUGCUUUUCAAAGAAGCAGUAUUACUGAUGAUGGCAUUCCAAAGUACAAAGGACCCAAGCCUUAUAACCCUCCGCGGGGUAUAGAGAGAGCACAACGACCAACUAGACUGUCUGACAGUGAUAGCAGUCAGGAACCCUCCCCACGGGUAUCAACAACAACUGUUACCUUGGGAACACGGGGGUUACAGAACAGGUUUAAUAAUGAGUCUUCUCAACCAAAACGGGAUGAACCACAGCAGCCUCCACAACCUGCUCCGCGUCCACGUAAAGAUAGCAAUAGAGAGGAGGAGGACUCUAAACCCAAUGCUCCGCAGGCAGUGGUCAGGUCGCUGAGUAAAGACGAGAUCAUGGCGUCUCUUCAGCAGGCAGAUAGUUAUUGGGAUCGCACAUAUGGGAUGUCUGAUGGAAACAGGGACAAUAAAGACAGCACAUCACAGGCCGAGCCUUCUCAAGCCACCGCCACCACCAGUAAUACAACAUCACCGGACGAUGUGAAACUGAGGCCAUGGGCCAGAUAUAAAGCUCAAAGAUACUCAAGAAGUUCAGAAAAUGUGGACGAUAAAGUGGGAGCCUCAGACUUGACAAAACUUGGUGAAAUUUCUAACACCAGUGUGGGGUCAUAUAGGAGCAGUCUAACUGACUUGACUGAUAGUGAACUGAAACCCUCUCCCGUAACCAGCCCAGCAGAACAAGUGAAACCCAUAGCCGAACCAAAACAGCAACAACCAGAGCCUACGGAAACAACUACCUUUCAAUCCUCCAUUAAGAUCACUCCCAGUAGUCCAGUCCAGGACAGGGGUUCUCCUGGCCUGAUGGGAGAAGUGGUCAGUAGUGACCAAGAGUGUAAUGACCACCACAGAGAUCAUUCUAUGCAAGAAACUAAACCAUUGACAGUGCAGGUGAAUGGCAGUAUUGGUGAUCUAGGGAUGAAGCCAGAGCCUAGCCCAGGGGCAAGCAGUGUGGAUUCUAUGACACCAUCUGAACAGGAACAUCUCCUGAGUAUCAACCAACCUGAUAUUCUUAAUGAAGAAGAGGCAAACGAGGUAGUGCAGCUAUUAACGGAACGAGAGGAAGGAGACGGACACGAGGAACCAGACGUACCUCACACGGAUGGAGACUUGAGUGGGGAGGGUCUGACACAGUACAUCUCUCCUACUGUAAGAGCAGAUCAAACUACCGUUUCUCCUUACAUUAUCAAAACUGACACAGAUACUGAAACAGAAGCUGAGGACGGUUAUAUAGAGGAUUCAUUCAAAGACGUUACAGAAGGUGACGAGGAAUCCAACAGGAUAUGGCAGCUCUGUUUUGACAAAUAUCCUACAGAUAAAUAUACUGAUAAAUCCAGUGCUGCUGACUCCAGUAGCCCCCAAGUGUCUUCCGAAGUAAGCACUAGUACUUCACAAAGUGAUGACGCAUGUAGCGUCAAAGAACGCAGUCGCCACAAUAGUAGUGGCUCAGACACCACAGUCACUGAAGUUACAGCCGCUGAGGAUGAGUUUGAGUUUGAAGGAACCAAAUCUUCAGCAAUGAAAUUAGAUAUUACACAAAAAUCUGCUGAUAUGACAGCAGAGACACCUAGUGGUAUAAAUGGGAACAAAUCCGAUCUAGAGCAUGCAAUACCCCCUGAUGAAGCUGAUCAUGAUGGAAAUACUGCUGAUACUGAGUCUCUGGCUUCCUAUGAUUACCAUAAUGAUUUCCCAGUCAAACAACCAUUGGAUAGACAGGAAAGUGAUAAUGUAUCUCUUAUGUCUGGCUUCUCCACAGUGACAGAGUCAGACACUACUUACACACCAGAUGACUUGGAGCUAGAUUUUGAUAGCGACUACUUUGACAAAGUGAGCUCCACUCUUAAGGAGUACUUUGAAGCAUUUUCUGAUGAGGGUCUCUCAGACCAGGAGAACGAACAUGCUUCCUCGGCCAGCCAUUCAGAGGAAGGUUCCUAUGCAGAAGAUGAGGAGGACAAACCAUAUGAAAUUGAAGGCCUGCCUGACCACGAUCAUGAUGACCACUUCUAUCCUAAUGCAAAGCCUCCUUCAAGAGUCAAGUUCAGUUCUGCUCCAAUCAGGGUUUUUUCCACAUAUGGAGUGAAUGAGUAUGAUCGGCGCAAUGAAGACAUCGACCCAGUGGCGGCGUCUGCGGAGUAUGAGUUGGAGAAGAGGGUGGAGCGUAUGGAUGUCUUCCCUGUGGAACUUGUUAAAGGUCCAGAAGGGUUAGGGCUAAGCAUAAUCGGAAUGGGCGUCGGAGCAGAUGCAGGGUUAGAAAAAUUAGGCAUAUUUGUCAAGACUUUGACUGAAGGAGGAGCUGCACAGAAAGAUGAAAGGAUCCAGGUUAAUGAUCAGAUUAUUGAAGUGGAUGGGAAGAGUUUGGUUGGAGUAACCCAGGCCUAUGCUGCCUCAGUCCUCAGGAAUACCAGUGGUGUAGUAAGGUUCAUGAUUGGCCGAGAGAAGAAUCCAGGACAAAGCGAGGUGGCCAAGCUAAUCCAGCAGUCGUUGGCUCAGGACCGCCAGCGCGAGGAGAUGCGCAAGCGAGAGCAGGAGCGGCUGAUGCAAAUGCAACAGGAGCUGAGUGAGGAGCAGGAGAGACUGGAGUUACUUCAGGUCCAGCUUAGGGAGGCACAGCAACUGGAGGAGGAUGAGAUGGAAGGCACCGAGGACCAUGAAAUGAGAGAUUAUCCUUCUUCACACGAAGAGGAAAUGAGAGAAGUCUCAGAACCAGAGGAACCAGAGCAGCCUCCUCCUCCUCCCCCUCCCCCUCCUAAAGAAGCUCCUCCCCUUCCUCCUCCUCCUCCCAAAGAGCCUCCUCCAACCCCUCCUCAGCCCAAAGAACCCCCGCCACCCCCUCCUUCUCCUCCCAUGGAGACCGAGCCCACACCUGAACCCCAGGUAGUACAAGUGGAAGAAGAGGAAAGGAUAGAAGAGCCAGAGGUAGAGGACAGGUCACAUAUAGAAGUGUUAGAUCUCCCGGGGAGCAGCAGUGAGGAUGUCUCGCCCGAAAUGGAUCCACAGAUCUUAUUUGCCAGACUCAAAGAAGCUCAGUACAAGAAUGCUGUAGCAGAGGCCGAACUUGCCAAACUAAAAGCCAAGAUGAUUCUGCUUGAAAACUUGGAUGCUCAAAAGACUCAUUAUGAAAAGCAGAGUGAGGAAUUGGCGGCUAGGUUGCGGGAAAUGGACAGGGUAAUUCAACUUAAGCAGCGGGAAAUAGUUGGGUAUCAAGAUAUGCUGGAAGGCUCCCAGGCACAAUGUAUUGCCCUGGAGAAGAAAGGGGAUGCAGAGGCAGCUGUAAUUGAGAAGAAAUAUCACAAGGCCAAAAAACUCAUUAAGGAAUAUCAGCAGAGAGAACGAGAAUUAUUACAAGACAGAGAAGCUAAAAUCCAACAACAGAUGGAACUAGAACAACACUAUAGUUUAUUUGUUAAAAAGUUAAAAGAUAGAAUAUUCCAAUUGGAAAACAACUUGGUUGAAACACAGCGUGCAGCAGGUCUGCCCAUCUCUCUACCAAAAGACAACAUAGCUCUCAGAGAAAUCAAUAUACAGAUGACCCAGGGAGCAGAUGCACCCAUAAACCCAGUGGUUGCAGAUGACAUCUCGGAGGUCAAUUCUGAAAUCUCAGAGUCUGACAUUUCCUUCUCAGAACCACUCAGUCCAGGAGAAAGGAAGCAGAGGACUCUGCUCUCCCCACCUGCAGUGCCACCUAGGGAUUUUGAAGAUGAUGUAGACAGCCAAAGAGGAUCAAUACGUCCCCAAGAGGAAGAGGUGUUCCCCUCACUACCAGAGACCACACUCUUAGACACCACAGCCAGCAAAGAUAAGGCACUCUUAACACAUGUAGGGGCACUAGCCUCUAGGAGACCCCCUUCAAAACGGGGUGCUUCGCAGUCUUCUUUAGAAAAUGGUGAAGAGACACCAGAGACAUAUGUGGAGCGGUGGAUCCAGCAUGACAGAGAUACACAGUCUAACAAAUCUGACUCGUCAAGUCAAGUGUCACAUGCAUCCUAUGAGCCCUCCCGUCCACUCUUCCAAGGGUUAGCCUCAGAAAUUCCUCAGAGGAUCGACGACCAGGACAGUGCUCCAGGAAUCACUUUGGUUUCAUCUCGUACUUUACCAGAAGCAGUGAACUCCCUACCUCCGCGGCCGCCCCGCCCCAGCAAGAACAGCGGAAUAGCACUUCUUUCCAGUCGUCCCUUGGACAGUCAGGACAGUGGUAUCACCCUCAUCUCUACCAAACCACUGGACACAGGAUACUCUAAGAAAGGGUCUUACAUGUUUGGCUAUCAGUUUCGACAGAGGAGUGAAUCCACAGGUUGCUAACGUUAAUUUUAUUGUGAAAUUCAGUGGUUUUAUGUUAUAAAUUAACAAUGCAUGAUGAGAAUGCUCGUAAAUGUGAAAUUUGAAUGAAAAGAACUCCAAGGUUCAGGUUUGGAAUGAGUUGCCUGCUUCCUCUGGUUUAAUCUGUC